CAGAUGGAAGCGCUCCUGGCUCGUUCUUCAAAACUGAACCGACUGACGGUGCUGAACAACAAGCUGGUGGACAGUUACCAUGGAGUCGUGCUCCACAGUCCGCUCACGACAAAUAUGUGACACAAAAGGCCGAAGAGAUAGCUCAGUCCGAGUCUGUUGACCUAAAAGCAGAAAUACACGGUGGUUGGACCAUGGAGAACAGUAAGAAGGCCCUGAACGAGUUUCUGCAGAAAACGAAGCAACCUGCUAUCAAUUACAAUACCCAACUAAAGGAAGCGAACAAUUGCCGAACAUAUGUUGCUGAAGCGACAAUUUUCGUGGCGCAGCUUCGAAGAACCAUAUCCGGUCGAGGUCAGGGAUCGUCAAAAAAGGUCGCGGAGUGUGGAUGUUCCAUGGGUAUAGUUCGCCAAUUGUUUCAUCUUGGUAUAUUGGCAGAGUACAAAGGAGAACGCAAGAAAACGGCUGCUUCGACGCUUCCUGAAAUUCCAAUUACUAUACCACCUGAGCUGGCUGAACGAGUGAAGAACUAUGUAACGACUUCGGGUGUUGACCCUGUUGAAAUUGGUCCCACAGAAAGUAUAACACCAGAAGCGCCGAAAUCUAUACUGACUAAUUGCAAGUUGGACCAGUUCCCUGACUCACAGGUAACACCACCAGGCAAUAUUUCCUGGGCACCUCCUAUGCAGAAUUGGAAUCCUUGGCGAGCUAGCAAUAUCGACGAGCCGCCACUGGCUUUUAUGUCUCUCCCUGAUAUAAGUGCGAAACUACGAGAAAUGGAGGAAUCUAAGCCGCCGAGACCAAGUAUGAAAGCCUCCAGAGAAGGCUUGCCCGUGUCGCAAUUCAGAGAGCGAAUAUUGCGUACAAUAGAACAGAAUCGGGUCACACUUAUAAAGGGAGAAACUGGAUGUGGAAAAAGCACGCAGUUCUUUGGUGGUUGUCCUAUCAUCGAAAUGGAAGGAAGAACAUUCCCCGUGAAGCAUUUCUUCCUCGAAGACAUCAUCACAAUGUUGAAAUAUAUGCCGCCCCCACCGGAAAAGAAAAGAAAAGAAGAUGCAGAUGUAGAAGUUGAAGAGAAGGACAGAAACUUGAACAUUCUCACUGGAGAUGUGAGUCCGGAUCUGAAGAGAGCCAUGGCGAACCUCAGUGAAAAAGAAAUUCCUCUGGGUGUGAUGGAGGUCUGUUUUCCAUCAAUAUUCGUAGUUGUGCAAUAUUUGCAAGAGCAUUUCCUCCUAAGUGGACGCGGAGCUGAAUUUAACGCUUUCGUAUCGCAGCCAAGAAGAAUAUCGGCAAUAUCGCUAGCCGAGCGAGUGGCUGCGGAGAGAGGAGAGGAGUUGGGAGAUUCUGUUGGCUAUGCUGUCAGGUUCGAUGGUGUUUCUCCUCGUCCUUAUGGUGCAGUGCUGUUCUGUACAGUAGGAGUGCUUCUGAGAAAGAUGGAGAGUGGUCUUCGUGGCAUAUCCCAUAUAAUUAUCGACGAGAUUCAUGAACGCGAUGUGAACACUGACUUCAUUCUGAUUGUAUUGCGGGAGAUGCUCCGUGAAUACGCUGAUCUGCGCGUAGUGUUGAUGUCGGCAACAAUCGACACUGGGAUGUUCAUUGAGUUCUUUGGUGGUUGUCCUAUCAUCGAAAUGGAAGGAAGAACAUUCCCCGUGAAGCGUAAGUUCAUUUCGGUGCUCAAUUCGCUAAGUGCAGCUGCAAAUCCUUUUUCGAGAAGACUGCUAGGAUUCUUCCUCGAAGACUUCAAUCAUAUUGAAAUAAUGCGCCCCACCGAAAAGAAAGAAAAAAAGAUGCAAUGUAGAAAAGAGCAAGCCAUAUUGAACGAUAUCGCGCAACGUGGAGAACCUGGAUCAGUGUUGGUAUUUUUGCCUGGAUGGAAUGAAAUCAUGCUUGUCAUGAAUUUCCUCAACAACCAUUCGGAAUUCUCGAAUAAAUCGAAGUAUGUGAUUCUGCCCCUUCAUUCGCAAUUAACUGGAAUGGAACAGCGAAAGGUUUUUGAUCACUAUGGCGAUAACAUGAGGAAGAUCAUAUUGGCAACCAACAUCGCUGAAACAAGCAUAACCAUAGAUGAUGUUGUCUUCGUCAUCGACUCAUGCAAGGCCAAAGAGCGAAUGUACACGUCGAACAAUAAUAUGGUCCAUUUUGCCACAGUAUGGGCGUCGCGAACCAACUUGGCUCAACGGCGUGGUCGUGCAGGACGUGUGCGUCCCGGCUUUGCUUUCCAUUUGUGUAGCACGGCUCGAUUCAACGCGUUGGAGGAACAUCGCACUGCUGAAAUUCUCCGCACGCCCUUGCAUGAAAUUGCACUCACAAUUAAGCUAUUACGUCUGGGAAGCGUGGGUGACUUCCUUGCAAAGGCUAUUGAGCCACCGCCAUAUGAUAUGAUUGUAGAAAGCGAGGCUGUGCUCCAAAACAUGGGAGCUCUGGACCGUCAACUGGAACUCACUGAUUUGGGACGAAUUCUUGCACGUCUGCCUAUUGAACCACUUCUAGGGAAAACGAUUGUUAUGGGUGUUGCUUUUGGCAUUGGAACACUUAUGUGCGACAUCGCAGCGUCAUCAUCAUUUUCGUCUCCAUUUGUACCUCGUGAAAGAACGCAUACUCGAUUGAACAACGCGCAACGCUCGUACGCCGGCGAUCGUUGGUCGGAUCACGUUGCUCUGAUAGCUGUCAAUCAAGCCUUCCAACAUGCAUCAGAAAUGGGACUAAAUGCGGAAACAUCACUAUGUACUCGUGUCUCAUUGAGUCAAACAAUCCUGAAGAUGAGCGCAGGAGCUAAGUACCAGCUGUUAGAUGUUCUCACUAAUCAGUGCGGAUUCGCUGGUGAAUUAUUCACGGAUGGCUCUUGUGCUCACGAAAGUGACUACGAUCUGCUUCUGUCUCUACUUAUUGCUGCUUACUAUCCAAAUAUUUGCUAUUACAGAGGAAAAAGAAAGGUGUACACUCUUGAACAAGCAUCGGCUCUCGUGAGUAAAUCUUCCGUUUUGACACCGUUCCAUGGAGAUAACUUUGAGCUGCCGUCUCCUUUAAUUGUCUUCACAGAGAAGAUCCGUACGCGCGUUAUUUCCUGUAAUCAGCUAUCAGUGAUUUCGGGUGUCCAAUUGCUGCUGUUUGGUUGCCGCAAAGUGGAAUGUAUUGGUCAGGACCUCAUCAGACUGGAUGAUAUGAUCACCCUCAAAAUGGACGUGUCAGUGGCUGCAGCAAUAGUGGCUCUACGGCCUUGCAUUGAAGCUAUGCUUGUCCGAUCUUGUAUAAACCCAGAGUCGCUCAUGGCAGCUACUGAACAGGAUCGAGAACUGUGCUCACUGCUUCGAGAGUUAUCUUCUCGUGAGUUUUACGCUGGUGGAGGGCCAAUGAAAGAUGACCUACUAACAGACGCUGCACUGAUACAACCGAUCACUGCUGGUAGAGGGCGCGGUCGUGGCGGCCCGAAUGGUGGUGGAAGAGGUUGGAGAGGUGGACCAUUAGGGGGAGGAUCCAGCUUUAAUGGUGGAGAUCGAAACGGUGGAGGUCCACCAUCACUUUUCAGCGACGACGUAGACAUGAAGGGCGGUGAUUCAGGUGGGUAG